GAUGGAUAAAUAUUAAAAAUAUUUGUAACUGUUAGAGAUAAAAAAAAAAAAUAUUUAUUAAAAAGUUUAGAAAGUUCAACAUAAUCAAUAAUAAUAUGGAAUAAAAACAUUCAAAAAGUAAUAAAUGAGUAUUUUAAUUAAUAAAAAGUUUUUAUUUCUCAAAAAUGUCUGACAAAUUAUUUUUUAGAAAAUGAUAUGUUGACAGAAGAAGAAUUUGUCAAAAAUUCUACAACAGGAGAUUUAUUACUAUUUUAAACAAAUAAUUUCAAUGCACACAUAUAAAGAGCAGUUACAAGAAGUAAAUAUGAUCAUAUUGCAAUGGCUGUAAAAUUAAAAGAUGGAAUAUUAAGAAUUUUCGAUACUUAAGGAGAUGAAGGUGUUUAAUUAACAGAGUGGGAUACGUAUUCUGUAUUAGGAGAAAAAUAUGGGCUUAAUAUAAUAAAACUUGGAAGAUAAUAUUCAUAAGUACUUUCUCAUGAUAAAAGCAAUGGUUUUUUCUGUUCAGAGCUGAUGGCUAAAGCAUAUAAAAUAAUAGGUUUACUUGAUUAGGAAAAGUCAGCAUGUUAAUAUUGGCCUAAAACAUUUUCAGAUAAAUAUUCAAACGAAUUAAAAAUGCUAGAUGGAUCUAAAUUAGGAAAAGAAACGUCUAUAUUAUUAAAUAAAAAUAUUUUCCUAGAAGGAAUGUAAUCAGAUGAAGAUGAUAAAAGUAAUAAUAAAUGCUUUUGUUGA